AUGAGUAAUAACAGAAACAAUCAACAACAACAACAACAGCCGAAAGUUGCAACGCAGAUUAAAACAGAACCUGGAAAUAACUCAAAAUUGCAACAACCACCAAAAUCACAGUCUCAGACUCCAAUUUCAACACCAAUUUCUAUACAAAAUAAGAAUCCAGCAGCCACGAUGUCAAAACCGAAUUUUAUACAACGAACAUCAAUUCCACCGAAUACUCAAACCACUCAACAACCUAAUAAUUUACAAUCAAAAUUAGUUCAACCACAACCAAAAUCAAUGCAAUACAACCAAACAACAGCAACAACAACAAUAUCAAAACCAAAAUUAAAACCUCAGCAACAACAAAUACGGCAACAACAACCAAUAGCCCCAAAGUAUACAAAAAUUCAACCAGCAAUUGCACCAAAACCAGUUUCAAUAAUGCCUUCAACAAGUAAAUUUAAUCCUAUUCCUAAUGGUAAAAUUUUAUUACCUUUGAAAACUUCUUUUACAAAUGAUUCAAAUGGUGGGUUAAAUACUUCUAAGAAAUGGGUACUUCCACCGAGACCAAGACCUGGGAGAAAACCAACUGGUAAUGAAUGUGAAAAAAUUACAAAAACUCAAAUUAAUAAUAAUACUAUUAAUAAUAAUAUUAAUAAUAACAAUAAUAGUAAUAUGAUUAAAAGAAAACCAAAAUUAGCCAGAGAAAUGUCGAAUCCAGCUAAUUUGAAUCAAACACAGGGAAACACAGCUACAAUUAAUGGAAAUAAUACUCAAAAUUUGCAACAACCUAUGGUCAAAUUGAAUGAGCAAAUGAAAUCUAUACCACCUACUCAAAUUAAACAAGAGAAUAAUGUUAUGAAACAAUCAAUUGCAAAUCCUGCCAAUUCAGUUAGCCCAGCACAAAAUCAUCCAAAAGUUGAUAAAAAACCAAUACCAUUACCAGUCAUGAAAACAGAACCACAGACAACUGUGAAAAAAGAGCAACUACAGCAACCUAUUCCACAACAUAUAUCUAAACCUGCUCCACUUCCCACUACUACAACUACAACUCCAAUACUAAAACAAUCAAAAUCACCAACUGCAGCUCCACCACCACCACCACCAAUAAAAUCAAAUGAUCCAAAUUUACAUAUGAUGGAAUUAAAAAUGUCAUAUUUAUCAAAAUUGAAAGAACAAGAAAUUAUAAGAAAUUAUAUUGAAGUAUUGAAAAAUCAAAUAAAAGAAUUAAGUUUUGUACAAAAUGGAGUAAUUACAUUUGAUGCUUUAAAAAACAAUGUUAAAUUAAAUAAUUUCAACAAUAAUAAUACUCAAACAAAAAAAUUAAUAACUUUAAGUAAUACAAAACCAGAUCAAUUAGAUUCAAUUAAUAAUUUAAAUGAUUUAAAUAAAUUUUUAAAUUAUUUAAGUAAAUCAUCAGAUAUUAUUAAAAGUGUUAAGAAACAACAAUCGAGUAUAACAACGUCUGAAUCAUUAAAUAAUCAAAUUAAUAAUUAUGUUGAAUUAAGAAAUAAAUUUAAAAUGUUAAAUAAUUCAAAUGAUCAACACACAAAAUAUUCCAAGAGAACAUUGAAUAAAAAAGAUGAUGGAACAAUAACUCCAAAAACAAUUGGACCAACAACUUCAUCAUUUACACCAGAUUUAUUACGACCAUUAAAAGCAUCAAAUUUAUUUAAUGAUCCAACAUUAGAUUUAAUGGAUAUUGAAUUACAAACUGCAACAAUUGAAGAAUCACCAACAUCAUCAUCAGAUUUAAUGAAACCAAUUGAUAGUCCUGAUAAAAUUAAUCAAACAACAAUUGAUUUAGUUGAUCAACAAUCAAUUUCAAAUAAAUAUAUUAUAAACCCAAAUAUUGAAGAUAUUGAUUUUUUUGUUGAUGAACAUGAUUUUUUAAAUAAAUUAGUAUUAGAGGAUAAAAUAAAAGAAGAAAUGGAAUUAGGUAAAGUUGAAAUAUAUAAUAAGAAUGAUAAUGAUUAUAACAAUAAUAUUACAAAUAAUGAUUUUAAGAAUAAUAAUAAUAAUGGUAAUGGUAAUGAUUCACCUAUGUCAAAUUCAAAUGAUGCUAGAAAUCCAAUUGUUGUUAAUGAUAUAAUUAUGAAAAAAAAAUUAAAAUUUAAUUGUGGAUUUUGUACUAAUGAUACUCCAUGUUUAUGCUUUGAUUCAGAUAUAGAAAUUGCUGGGUUACGAUAA